ACGUGGUGGCGUUUCCCGGGCUUGAGCCGGCGUUGGCAGAGUAGUGGUUUGAACUGUCUCCCCGGAGCGAACGGGCCCAGGGGGAGCCAUGGAGGGCCAGAGCGUGGAGGAACUGCUGGCAAAGGCGGAGCAGGACGAGGCAGAGAAGCUGCAGCGCAUCACCGUGCACAAGGAGCUAGAGCUGGAGUUCGACCUGGGUAACCUGCUGGCAUCAGACCGGAACCCCCCGACGGGACUGCGGCGCGCGGGAGCCACGCCGGAGGCUGAGCUGCAGGCCUUGGCGCGGGACAACACGCAACUGCUCAUCAACCAGCUAUGGCAGCUGCCCACAGAGCGCGUGGAGGAGGCGCUGGUGGCGCGGCUGCCGGAGCCUACCACUCGCCUGCCGCGCGAGAAACCGGUGCCCCGGCCGCGGCCGCUUACACGCUGGCAGCAGUUCGCGCGCCUCAAGGGCAUCCGUCCCAAGAAGAAGACCAAUCUGGUGUGGGACGAGGUGAGUGGCCAGUGGCGACGCCGCUGGGGCUAUCAGCGCGCCCGUGAUGACACCAAGGAAUGGUUGAUCGAGGUGCCCGGUGGUGCCGACCCCCUAGAGGACCAGUUCGCCAAGCGGAUCCAGGCUAAGAAGGAACGGGUGGCCAAGAAUGAGCUGAACCGCCUGCGUAACCUGGCUCGCGCGCACAAAAUGCAGGUGCCUAGCGCGGCUGGCAUGCACCCUACGGGACACCAGAGUAAGGAGGAAUUAGGCCGCGCCAUGCAGGUGGCCAAGGUGUCCACCGCCUCUGUGGGGCGUUUCCAGGAGCGCUUGCCCAAAGAGAAGACCCCCCGGGGCUCGGGCAAGAAGAGCAAGUUUCAGCCCCUUUUCGGGGACUUUGCAGCUGAGAAGAAGAGCCAGUUGGAGCUGCUUAGGGUGAUGAACAGCAAAAAGCCUCAGCUGGACGUGACAAGGGCCACCAAUAAACAGAUGAGGGAGGAGGACCAAGAGGAGGCUGCCAAGAGAAGGAAAAUGAGCCAGAAGAGCAAGAGAAAGGGGGGCCGGCAGGGUCCUGGGGGCAAAAGGAAAGGUGCCCCGCCCAGCCAGGGAGGGAAGAGGAACCGGGCCUUGGCAGGCAGGAUGAAUUCUGGGCCGCCUCCUUUGGGCGGCAAGAGGAAAGGAGGACAGCACCAAGGAGGAAAGAGAAGGAAGUAAUUUUCACCCUCGGACCCGUCUGUAAACCCUAGAGCUAUACUAAAUGUUAAGGUCUAGUUACGGGGGAGUUGGUGGGGCAGGAGGGUUGUUGAAGAAGGUGGCCGCUGCCUUCACUGAGGUUUAAGGAAUAGACUGCCCUCCCUGCCAGAUAGUAUUAUAAAUGUUGGACUCUACAGAUUGCUUUCCCACAACCAGAAAUUUGGCUGGAGAUUAAAAGAUGUAUUUGAGGACACAAGAAUCCAGGAAAAAUUGGUGGAAACUGGGAACAAGUUGUAUAUUUAAACAGACAUCUUUUUUUCUUUUUAACUUUGGACAUAUUGUGGGGGAGAGUUGGUCAUCUUUCAGACUUAAAAUUGAUUUCUGCAUUAUUUUUAUAACA